AUGGAGAUGCACCUUCAUACCCCGGCCAUAGCACCACUCUCAGCCGUUGCCGCUGGAAAGCGGCCGGCUAUCAAUUCUGAAGACGAGGAAGACUCUGAUGCCGAUGACAUUACGGAUCCAGAAGAGACCUCAGCAUUACCAUUACCUGAUACGCAGCAGCGUGUAUCAGGUAAAGUCUAA